AUUUGAGUCCUUUGGCAGGCGACAGGCAGCCGCGCUUGCGAUAAAAAAAAAAAGCCUUGACAGCUACGCAGCAAACAAACACAACACCACACCCUCAAACUUGAACCCGCCCAGGCUCUGGAACUGCCCAUUUCCUCCCGGCAUGGGGGUCGUCGGGGCGACCCUCAUCUUUGGUGCCGUCGUCUAUUUUGUCAUACGCCCACCGCACGCCUUCCUGCUCUACUUCCAGUCAAUAUGGCGCGGAAUCUUCCUCUCGCCCCGGCUCGCCGACAACGUCCCUGCAGGUGACGACGACGAUGGGCGCGGAAAGCAGCAGGCCGCUGUGGCGCCUCCGACCUCGCAGCCGGUCGGCGAUGCGGCGCCAGCAGCACAAGCAGCACCAGCGCCUGCCAUCAGGGUGCCGUCACCGAGCGAAGAUGACACAAACGACGCCGACGAGCAUCAAACAACCCCCAAGGCCACCAAGGCCUCACCCAGCUUCUCCCUGUCCGGCCCAAACGACGACGACCAAGACAACCACAACGAUUUCCCUCUCGUAACCCCGCAUCCGCCAACACCGCCAUCACUUUCCAUGCCCGUCCCAGAGCCCUCGCUCCCACAACCCCCGAUGCUCAUGGCGCCCCCGCCGCGCCCCGGCCCCAUGGCACCGCUCCCGCGCCCGGGAAGCAGCAGCAGCAGCAGUGCUAGCAGUAGCGGCCGCGGCCUCAUGGCCCCGCCCUCGGGCCCGCCGCGCCUCCCGCCGCUCUCGCAGCAGCAGUCCCCCUACGCGCAGUCCCAGCUAUCGCGCUCCACGCUCCCGAUCCCCAGCCGCGGCGGCGGCGCGCCCUCGUCGUCCUCGCUCGCCCCGCCGCCGACCCACACGGGCAAGCCCGCGCCGCGCGUGCCGCCGGCCCAGAACGCCCGGUCGCGCCUCGUGCCGCUGGCCCCGGGCCACUCGCCGCUCGACUGGGCCCGCCUCUCGUCGGGCCCUGCGGCCGACCUGCGCGGCCUUCCCCCCGGGACCCCCUACCUGCGCGUCAGCCCGUCCAUGCUGAAGCGCCGCGACGGCCGCAAGGGCCGCGACGCCUGGAGCGCCUACGGCGGCCGCGUCUAUAACGUGUCCCCCUACGUGCCCUUCCACCCGGGCGGCAAGGGCGAGCUGCUACGCGGCGCCGGCAAGGACGCCACCAGGCUGUUCGGCGAGGUCCACCCCUGGGUCAACUACGAGACCAUGCUGGCCGCCUGCCUGGUAGGCAUCCUGGUCGAUGAGGGCGAAGGCCACGAGGACGAGAAGUCGGAGCAAAAGGACGGUGGCGGCGUCGGUAACAUGGAAGAGAUGGACUAGAGUGUGCGCGGUUUGUGGUAAUGCAGCGCUUGCUUUGAUAAAUGUUGACCCUGUAGUAUACCCACCCCCUGCUUAUAGGCAGCCUUCCCCUCCUACCAAACACCAUCUGAGCAAGGCAGAUCAUCAGAGAUACCCCCCUCCUUCAAUACCAUAGAAAUACAGUCGGACCCUUUGGUCAGUGAAUCGAAGCGGCUACUUGAUUUCCCUCUA